CUAAUAAAUAAACAAGGCCAUAAUUAUAAUUUGUAUUGAAAAUCAGCAAAAUCAUCACACUCUUGAGGAAAUCAGAAAUGGGCGGAAUUUCAGUGAUGAGGAGCGCCGCUUCCGGCCGUGUUCCUAUCAUCAUUCAUCACGCUCAGUUACCUGUGUCCACGCGCUUAUCGACUAGGAAGCUCAGAUAUGGCCCUACUAAAUUUCAUGUUAUGGCGCGUUACGCGCAAUCGCAGGAUUUCUCCACCCGUCUUCAAGAUAGUAUGCAGAACUUGCCCAAGCUUCUGGAGGAUAUAGUCCAGACAUCAAUAAAUACAGGUCCUCGUGGGGCACUUAGGCUAGCUCAAGGUAUCCAAGCAGUUAUAGGUGUUGGCAGCGAGUGGGUGGCUGAUGCUUCGAAGGCAGCAAAUUCAUCCAGUGGAUUAGCAGCUGAUUUGCAGCUUGGCUUAUUGUCACCUCUUUAUUUGAGGAAAUUAUUUGAACGUUUGGGCGCAACAUAUAUUAAACUAGGUCAGUUCAUAGCAUCAGCACCAACUUUGUUUCCUCCAGAAUAUGUCCAGGAGUUCCAGUAUUGUUUUGAUAGAGCUCCUACGAUUCCAUUUGAAGACAUUCAAGCAAUUCUUCGUCAGGAGUUAGGGAAGCCUAUUGAUACCGUCUUUGAAUUUGUUGAUCCUACUCCAGUAGCCUCUGCUUCCAUAGCGCAGGUGCAUGGUGCCAGGAUAAGGGGUACUCGGGAGGAUGUUGUUAUAAAGGUGCUAAAACCAGGGAUAGAAGACAUCUUGGUGGCAGAUUUGAACUUUGUGUAUAUUGUUGCACGCAUUUUGGAGUUUUUGAGUCCCGACCUUAGUCGAACAUCUCUGGUUGCUAUUGUGAAAGAUAUUAGGGAGUCAAUGCUGGAAGAAGUUGACUUUAAAAAGGAGGCUACAAAUAUUGAGUCUUUCAGGAAAUAUUUGGAUUCUAUGGGACUCACGAGGCAGGCUACUGCUCCAAAAGUCUACCAAGAGUACAGUACUAAGCGGAUUCUGACAAUGGAGAGGCUUUAUGGAGUCCCUCUCACAGACUUGAACUCCAUAAAUUCACUUGUCCCAAAUCCUGAGACUAGUCUUAUAACCGCCUUAAAUGUCUGGUUUGGUAGCUUGCUUGCUUGUGAAACCUUCCAUGCAGACGUGCAUGCCGGCAAUCUGUGGUUACUACGUGAUGGCCGCAUUGGGUUCCUUGACUUCGGAAUUGUUGGUCGAAUUUCUCCUAAAACAUGGUCUGCUAUGGAAGAAUUUCUGGAAUCACUCGCAACUGGAGAAUAUGAAUCCAUGGCAUCUUCAUUGAUUGAUAUGGGUGUUACGAGCACUAAUGUAGACUCCAAGGCAUUUGCAAGGGAUCUUGAGAGGAUAUUCUCCUCCAUACAGGAUAUGGAUACAGAGAUCAUCGUUGCUGCAGCAAGGGAUGCUAAUACGAAUGCAACUGCAGUUUCUGCGAAUGUUGUUGUUGACGAAAGACAAAUGAAUGCCCUGUUUCUCGAUCUGGUGCGCGUUAGUGAAUCAUACGGUCUGAAGUUCCCCCGGGAGUUCGCACUUCUGAUGAAGCAGCUUCUGUACUUUGACCGGUACACGCGACUCUUAGCUCCCAACAUGAACAUGCUGCGCGAUCAGAGGAUUAAUAUCGUUUCCAACAAACCAUCCACGUUUUAGACUUGAAACCAAUGUAACUAGUUUGUUGUAACUUGUAAUUAUCAUCAAAACCUAUGUGUUUCCUUUCGACAAUACUCAAGCUGAAUUCUAAAACAUGUACUUUCUUCUGCUGUAAAAGAACAGCACUCAGAUUUCUUGAGCA